UUUUCAUCGCAGUCGUCGGGCCGAUCUAAAUUCAAAUCCAGUCAUUUUAAACAAAUUUCGCCGUGUUAUUUAAUAAUAACGCACCGAUAAUCGCGUCACCGUGGGGUGCUAUCGUUAAGACACCCUUUUGCGGUCGCGUUCGAGGGGAUUGGAACGGACCCAAACUUCGUGUCACUAGCCGACAUUUUCCCCUUCAGUUUUUCAUUCAAUAAUCGGUUUGGUUGUACUACGAGGACGCGCGUUGGUGAUAAUUUACGGGAUUUUUCGAAAAUUUCCACAAAAAUAGUAAAGAAAAUCGAAAAAAAGCGUCGGAAAUUCACAGAUAAGCGGGGAAAUUCGAUAGGAUUUAAUUUAGGACGAGGGAGUUAUUGAUUAAAUAGUGGAGCACUGGCAUUUUUUCGAGCUCGCCGUUCUUGCCCGAUAUUAAUUAUUAUCCUGUUCGAAAAUGCAAUUAAUCCUGCUCAUCACGAGGCAUAGGAAGUUCUUGAGCAAGAUAUUCCGAAAUAGGUGAUGAUGAGUUGCAACGGUUUCUGGACCAGAUUACGAGGGAGCUAAUCUGGUAUGCAGUGGCGGAAACUUGCGCGCUCGAAGAUCUCGUCCGGCCGGUCGCGCACGCGCAAUAUGCUCUGUUGUGGCCGCAGGAAGGACAAUGGACGCGAGGCUCUGGAUCUCACGGCGUCACCACUACGGGCACCACCAACCGCUCCCAAUAAUCGGCCCAGUCAUCCACCACCCAUGGUUAUACAAGGUGAUUUUAGAAAGGUGUCAGGAAUUAGUACGGAAAUUUUCAAACAGAUAGAAGCAGUUGAAAAUGAUCACGAUGCCUCCACAGCUGCAGCUUUGGAACACGUGGAACGACGUGGUGAGAUGAUCGUUCGAAUUCUAGAUGCACGUCAUCUAGGCAGAUCGGCAGUAGAACAAGCCAAACGGUUUCUUGCUAUGCAAGAUGCCAAACAUCAAGUGCAGUUCGUGGAGAUUGUCAAAAGACCUGGACAAACCUUGGGUUUGUAUAUUAGAGAAGGGAAUGGUCAAGAUCGUCCAGAUGGCGUUUUUAUUUCGCGGAUCGCUCUGGAGUCUGCUGUUUAUAACAGUGGUUGUCUCAAGGUUGGUGAUGAAAUCUUGGCGGUCAAUCUGGUUGACGUGACGCACAUGAGCCUCGACGAUGUCGUCAUUAUUAUGUCUAUCCCCCGCCGAUUGGUUCUAGCGACGAGACAACGGAAGGGCGGCAAGGGCGGCCAAGGGUCGCCCUCGGUGCAACCUAGGGCGGAACAUAAGCCCCCUCCCGUCGUGGUCAUCAAACGUGAUCUCAGAGAAGACGAGGGUGAUGAAGUGGAUGCUCCGGAUCAGCAUAGAGAUCCCAUGAGGCAAAGACAUACAGGCGAUGGACGCGAAAUGAACGAAUCUAGGUCUCGCCUCGGUCUUGGCUUAUCCACUUUGGAUCGGCAAACUGACAGACACUCGCAACAGCACUCACAACAGCCCGAUUCAAAUGGACUUGAUUUGUAUUAUAACAGUCGGCCUCCUGACACCAGUUGGGGUUACCAACCACCUCCACCUGUAAUAACCGAACAACCGAAGUCUUCUCAACCGCAUUUCCCUCAGUACGACCGUGGAUAUCCUAACACUCUGGAAAGUUUGGCAGAAAAAGUUCACUCGUUUGGAAUGGGUCGUAGAAUGUCGGCUGGUGGCCAACCAGUACCUUCCAGAAUGUCGUCCCAACAAAGUCCGUCAUCUCAUUACUAUGUCCAACACGCUGGAACGGGUAGUCGUCGCAUAAUGCCCAGAUCCGGUUCUGAUCAACAUCUACCCCAGACGGAAUACACGGACUACACUAGUAUCACUCAAGCUGGAAGACACAGUUUGCUGAGAUCCAGUUUGAAGUCGGGAUCUACACUUAGCAGAUAUAAUCAGAGAUACGUAGACCAAGCUGCCGUAGCUGCCCAGCUUCAAUCCAAAUACGGAACGACCGGAAGUCAAUAUGGCACUUCCACGCUCAGACGUAACCGGGGAAGUCUAGAUUAUUCCAGCGAUACCGAAGCUACCAUCGGCUCUCGAGCGGGAUAUUACUAUUACAGGGAUAGACCAUCGGUUCCAGCUCCAGUACCACACAGCACAAUCCCUACUCUCGCACGUCAAGGUUCAAUGGCGGCUCCUGGUGGCGAUAUUACAACUAAAUUUAACUCACUUCCCCGAGAUGCAAGAGGUGCAUCCAGAUUGGCGAUGAAUAAAAGAUUCGGCGACAGGAGCGUCAGCGGCGUCCCUUUGCUGCAGGACGACGCCGACGGCGCCCUUUCCGCCCCCGAGAUGCCGUCGUCGAUACGCCGAGAUAGGGGGCGCGUACCUUCGUCACCUAGUGUCUUCUCCUCAGAUGAAUACAGACAAUGGCUCAGCCGAACGCCAUCGACAUCGGCCAUUUACGAACAGAUCAGAGCAUCCAGGGAUGUUCUCAAUCAACAGAGAGCAGCCAGGUUCACUUACAGUGCGGAGAACAUACACGAUGCAUUGAAAAAUAUGGAGAGUGGAAUUUAUAGUUCCUACGGAAGACCUGGAACAACAUCAACUUUAGAUAGGCACUUUUCAAGAUCGCAGCAACCUAGCAUUCCAGCAAGAUCUUUGUCUACUCAACACAUUACAUCAGCAGCUUUAAGUAGUACCCGAUCGCCUUCUAUGCGACGAAUGAGACAAUUAUUAGACUUGGACAGUGUGAGAUCGGGUGGUGCUCCUAGUCCGGUACCUACACCAAGCGGUACUCUUCCUAGAGGUCAGCGACAACUCGAUAUUAAUCCUGCUGAAUUCUUGAAAUACAAAAUCGAUAAGCCAGGUAUUCCCGGUACUAGCUCCAUCACCGGUCUAUCUCAGUUAACUAGCGGUACUCUAGGAUCAACAACAGAUGAACCAGUCAGUGGAAUGCUAUGGGUACAUCUUUUAGCGGGAAGAGGGUUGAGAGCAUCUACCGGUACUUCAGCUGCAACUACUCCAGUUACACCUAGCGGAGGAGUACCAACUAUAGGAGGAUCCACUGGUUUAAGGGAUUUGUACUGCGUUCUGGAAUGCGACAGAGUACACAAAGCUCGUACUGUGGUGAGAACUGGCGAUUUAGUCUUCGAUUGGGAUGAAAGCUUCGAAUUGGACCUAGUCAACAACAGGGAAUUGGAUUUGUUAAUUUACUCUUGGGACCCUCAAUACAGACACAAGCUCUGCUACAAAGGAUCCGUAUACCUUCCCACUUUGCUCAAGUCCGGCCCAAUUCACCAGCUGGCACUUAAAAUCGAACCUAGAGGUACUCUGUACUUGAGACUGAGAUAUACGGACUCCCAAAAUCUGUAUCGACGAAGAGCUUUAACUACCUUAACAUUAUCAAGAACUACUCCAUUAUUCGGAGUCGAUUUAGAAAGUGUGGUUAAUCGAGAAAAUAAGACUGGCGGUGUUCCGGGAGGUGUAGCGACUGGAUUGGUGACUGGAAGUCAGCACAGCAUUCCUAUUAUUGUAAAACGUUGUGUAGAGGAAGUAGAAAGACGCGGUCUUGAUAUCAUAGGAUUAUAUCGUCUAUGCGGAUCGGCCACCAAGAAACGCAUUCUCAGAGAAGCAUUCGAGAGGAAUAGUCGUUCGGUAGAUCUAAGUCCGGAUAACGUACCUGACAUCAACGUAAUUACUGGAGUACUAAAGGAUUAUUUAAGGGAAUUACCAGAACCACUGUUUACCAAAUGUCUCUAUCAAAUGAUGGUGGAUGCUUUGGGCGUUUGUUUACCAGACGAUCCUGAAGGCAAUGCCAAGUUGAUGUUUUCAAUUUUGGACUGUUUGCCAAGAAUAAAUAGGGCUACGCUUAUUUUCUUGAUGGAUCAUUUAGCGCUAGUCGUGUCGGCGUCCGACAGGAACAAAAUGAAUGCCCAAAACCUGGCAACAGCGUUAGCUCCUCCACUGAUGCUACAUUCUGGAGAUACGAUGACACCAACUUCUGCGAAGUCCCACGACUUGGAGUACCAACAGCCGAUUAGUGUUCUUCGAUAUUUGUUGCAAAUAUGGCCUACACCCAAACACCACUCAGGUCGGCGCGGCAGGCUGCCCGGGCCGCGUGGAGACAGUCGCAGUGCGUGUCCAGCGGAAGUUUCGGGGGCGCGGGCGGCGGCCCUAGGGCAGUCUCGGCCCUCAGCGGCUCCGUCUCCUCUUCCUCCUCGCUCAGCAGCCUCGGCCCAGCCGCGAGGCCCGUUGCCACCGGUCCCAUCACACCAGAUACUCGGCCCAUCAUCAGCAAGCAAAGGUCCUUACCGUCCGCUCUCUCCUCGAGUCGCCCUACCAGUAGCGGCAGGCCCGGCAUCCUCGGGACCGGUAGCGCCCCCAGGACCUAUCAAGCCCCGACAUGUGAUAGUAUCCUCUCCAGGAUCGCCAAGUAGCAGUAGUGACUCCCAAUCAGGCUCCGACUCCGUCAAACACUGCCUGCCCAGCCGCGUUAGUUCUCCGGCCAUCCGCGCCUCUCCCUCUUCUCAAACCAUGAUGCGAUCUUCCCCAUCGGUCACUAUUAGUUCUCCAGGUCUGAGACAAUCACCCUCUACCACACUGUCUUCUUCCAUAGGCUCCCCGGCAGGACCCAGAAAUUCGCCCUCUGUUACAAGUAUCAGUAGGGCAUCGCCGAGUCUGUUUAGCCAGGUAUCUAGAUCGAGCUCGCCAGCUAUGCAAGCCAGUUCAGCUGGAUUGAACGUAACCUUAGAUGGAGCGACACCACAGGUUUCCUCGUUAUCCGGACUUCAGAAUACCAUCUCGAACAUGAAUACUACCACCGGAACUAUGUUUGGACUAUAUACGCAACCGACGACGUAUGCUAGUACAAAUCCCUUUCUAACUGGAGCUUAUAUGUCCUACAAUCCAGUAGAAAGCAGCUAUAGCGACAAAUUCAACACAAUUGGAUCCACAAAAGAUAUCAAAUCCUUUUUCGAAAAUUACUCUUCCGAUACGACGAAGUACUCGACAAAAAGUACCACCGGCUACGAAACACAAUCGACGUAUACUAUGAGUGAAAAUAAAUAUAACACGAUAGGAAGCAAGUAUCAAGAUCAAAAAUCUUCUUAUUUGUCAUCGAUCAGCUCUGCUGGUGAAAUGAAAUACAGUCCAAACAAAAACGGUGAAAGAUUUGAAAGUGAACAGGGUAGGAGUCAAAGCAGUUCCGGAUUGUUGAACGUGGAGGAAACGCCCACUCCAACUAGUAGUAUCGAAACGGAAGACAGCAACACCCGAGAGGUGGGGGAAAAAGACGUAGAAGGAGACGGAGAACAGUCCGACUGAAUUUGCGGUUUGGGUCUCUAAUAAUAAAGCUUUUUUUUACUGUGGCAGCACAAAUAAAAGACGACAAACUAGAUUAAAAUAUGUAACGUAAGUCUUAUUAAACGUAGACGUACAGCAACUGUCAUUUUUCGAUGUAUAUGUAUCAUUCUAAAACGGUGUAUCAUCCAAAGCGAAUAAAAUAACGAUUCAUCGAGAUUUAAAGCUCGAGGAUUGGUAUAGUGGAAACGCAUUUUAUUCUAACGCUUGAAGAGGAAUUCAAGACGUAAUUUUCUCAUUAGAAGGACUGUAGUUGAAUAUGUUAUCUAGAAGGUUAUCAUGUGGGCACUGCUAAAAUAUAUUUUCCGAAUACGUCUCUAAUUUUCAUU